UUUUAUUUUAUUUUAUUUUAUUUUUUUUACUUUCUUUCUCUCUCUCUCAUAAAUAAUGAGCUCAAUAGAUCAAGUAGAGGAAUCUACUUCAAAGUCAUCUCUCAAACCUUAUACAUUCCCUCGUGUUAGAUCUUGGUUACAUAUAUGUCAAGUUAUCACUACUCUUUUAGUCGUUGCUAUGAUAUCUCCUGUUAUUGCUUUACAAAUUCAAUACAAGGGUUACAGUGCUCCUGGACCUAACUAUACCUUGUAUGUUGCCAUAUUUACUUUCCUUACACCGAUCUUUUUGGUGUUCUUCCCAUGGAUGUAUGAAAGCAAGAAUAAAAUGAAAUGGUGUGGCAAGUUUUUCUUGAAACCAAGAACCAACCUUAUUUUCACUGGAUUCUAUUCUUUACUUUGGUUGACAGCUGGAAUCGGUAUUACUACAUAUACAUUGAAUGCCGAUACGUGUUCACUGGAUUCAAAUCAAAAAGAUAGUGGAUAUGCUUCUGCUUGGACUGCUCAGUGCAAUUGUGCUAGAGUUUCCAUCGCAUUGGUUUGGCUCACCUGUCUUUUAUGGAUAACUACUUUGAUCUUGGCUCUAAUAGUAUUUUGGAAACAAAAACAAUUGGUACAAAAGAAUCUUCAACAGAUAGCUCAAUCUAAACAAGAAACAGUGGAAUUGACUACUGAAAUCGUGGAUCAAGAUAUCAACAAUAAUAAUACUCAAGUCCUUAAUCAACAAACACCAACUAAUCCAAUGCCACCAAGCGAUCUACAUCAUUCUUCUGCUACCAAUAUUUCGCCAAAUAUCACUACUACUACUAAUAAUACAAAUACAACUAAUCAAGGAAUGACCGCCACUGUCUCUGAACCUUACCUUCCUUCUUUUGCUGGUCAAUCUUAUCCCUCCUCUGCAAUGAAUUCAAUGCAAUACCAAUAUCCAUCAUCCGUUUCACCACCACAACCCCAAGUAUCUGCAUCUUAUUCACAUCAGGAACAACAGCACCAACCAUAUUAUAAUGAUGCAGCUGCGCCUCAACAGCAACAGCCUGUCUUACCUUUGGCCGUGAUGCCUGAUCCUCAACACUAUCGUCAGCAACAUCGGUAUGUCUAAAUAGAUUCAUUUUGCCAAGCAUUUUUUUUUCCUGUCCUACGUACAGAUACUUGUAUGUAAUUAUUCUUCACCUGUACUUGUUUGCCAUCAUCUUCUCUAUAGUAUAUAAUCAUUCUUAUUUUUAGUAUUAGUAUCACCUUCUUCCUUAUCACAUGAAUAUAUCAAUAAAGCAAUCAUCAUUAUUCAAAUGACCAAUUUUACUUUGAAAAAAAAGAAUGUAUCUCUUUGGAUUCUUUAAAGCGAGUCAGCUAUUGGUUUUUUCCAUGUGAAGCGCGUUUAUUUUUUUUUCUUUUUCUGCGUUUGAUUAGAGAUCUGUUUGCAUUGGGGUUUGCAUAUAUUUGUG